AUGAAGAUAACUACGGCAACCAUCAAGGCUGCUUGGGCCUCCCUGUCAUUCCUCCCGCUCAUCGCCCGCGUCUCGCUGCUUCACAUCCUCCAACUCUCGGAUGCGGCCGAGUAUCUCGACCUGCGCAGCUCGCUCCUCAUCGCCGUCUUCCGCGCCAUGCUGGUCACCUCCAAGCCGCGCAGCAUCACCGACAUCCAGAAGCUCACCAUGCGCGACAGCGGGCCGCAGGGCUCCAUCUGGGUCAGCCGGUACGCCUCGCCGCGGCCGUCCGAGACGGGCAUCCGCGAUGCCCUCAUCGACACGCUCGAGCGCCUCGCCCGCCCGAGGGACUCCAAGUCUCGCCGUCCCCGGGUUCCCGUGCCCGACCUCAUCGACGUAGAGGCCGAGUGGACCGGGUACCGCGCGGGAGUAGCGCGCACCGAGCCGUUGCCCAGCAUGUCGGAGCGCGAGAGGUAUCACAGCAUGAUGGGCGAGUGCACCACGCCCACAACGGUCCUGUACUUACACGGCGGCGCCUACUACCUCUGCGACCCUUCCACGCACCGCCCAACCACCAAGAAGCUGGCCAAGUUGACGGGCGGCCGAUGCUACUCGGUCCGUUACCGCCUCGCCCCCCAGCAUCCCUUCCCGUCGGCCCUGCUCGACGCCUUCGUGUCGUACUUUACGCUGCUGUACCCGCCGCCGGACGCCUACCACGACCCCGUGCAGCCGGAGCACCUUGUGAUUGCCGGUGACAGUCCCCGCGUGGUGGCGCUGACUCGAGACUCCCCAAGUGCCGGCGGAAACCUUGCGCUGGCGUUACUCCAGCUGCUCAUGGAACUCCGGAACCAGGACGCUCCGAUCCUGUGGCACGGCGAGCUGCGUCAAGUGCCGCUGCCCGCAGGCGUGGCCGUCAACUCGCCGUGGCUCGACAUCACGCAGAGCGCGCCAACGUGGGAGAUGGCCACGCCGACGCCGUACGACUUCCUGCCCAAGCCCGAGUCCAUCAGCAAGCUGGCCAUCCCGCCGUGCGACAUCUGGCCGGCCAAGCCGCCGCGCAAGAACAUCUACGUCGACGACGACCUGCUGCCGCACCCGCUGGCGUCGCUCGUCAUGGCGCGGAGCUGGGAGGGCGCGCCGCCCAUCUACAUGUGCGCUGGCUGGGAGAUCCUGGCCUGGGAGGGCAAGUUCCUGGCGCGCAAGCUCGAGGCCGACGGCGUGGCGGUGGUGUUCGAGGAGUACGAGGCCAUGCCGCACUGCUUUGCGCUGCUGCUGCGCAACAUCCCGUCCACGCACCGGUGCUACGACGGCUGGGCGGGCUUUAUCCGCGCGGCGGUGGACGACGCCGAGGCCAUCGCCUCGAGCGCCGUGCGCAUCAAGGCCAGGACGCUGGACGAGGAGCCGCUGCGGUUUGAGGACCUGUGCAGCGUCACCGACGACGAGAUGCGCCAGCGGGUCCUGCUCAAGGCAGGCGAGCUUCCGGUGAUUUCUGCGGCGAAGCUGUGA